GUUGUUAACGCGGAGGAUGUAAUCGUUUGGAUUUGGGAAGAAAGGGCAGUUUAUUUCCUGAUAGCUUUUUGCUAUCUAUGUUAUUGAUCUACUGUUAGCUAGAUGUUUUACUAGGUUUUGUGAAACCAUAGAGUCAGCUGUAACGUUAGACAUGGGGGAGCCCAAGACGCCCAAAUGUGGGUCCAUAGAAGAAGAGCUGAGUUUCUGGAAGGAGCAGUCAGACAAACACCAGCAAAGGGCUGAGGAGGCACAGGAGGAGUUGCAGGAGUUCCAGCAAAUGAGUAGGGACUAUGAGGMGGAGCUGGAGACUGAGCUGAAGCAGUGUGAAGCACGGAACAGAGAACUACUGUCCAACAACAACCGGCUACGCAUGGAACUGGAGAACAUCCAGGAGAAGUACGGGGCGCAGCACUCUGAAGCGUUUAGGCAGAUCUCAUUGUUGGAGGGAGACCUAGAAGAGACCACAGCGGUCAAGGACACUCCAGAAUACAUCAGAGAGCUGGAGCAGUCCAACGACGACCUGGAGAGGGCCAAGAGGGCGACCAUCAUGUCCCUGGAGGACUUUGAGCAGAGGAUGAAUCACGUGAUCGAGAGGAACGCCUUCCUGGAGAGUGAGCUGGACGAAAAGGAAAACCUUCUGGAGUCUGUCCAGAGACUAAAGGAUGAGGCCAGAGAUUUACGACAGGAGCUAGCUGUACAGCAGGUCCAGGAGCGACGCCCCCCCAGUAGCCUCUCUAAAGAGAAAGACAGGACMGAAUCAUCRUCACGCUCCACCAUACCGACCACCCCCUCCAAACCACUUGGUACAUUCCCAGCAACCCCAGCCUCAAGCAUUCGUCGAGGGGAUAACCUAACAGGAACUCCCCUGACUACGUCAGCUCGCAUAUCUGCACUCAACAUCGUCGGGGAGCUCCUAAGAAAAGUCGGGAACCUGGAGUCCAAGUUGGCGUCUUGUCGAGACUUCGUAUACGACACGUCGCCGAAAAGAUCGGCUCUUCCGUCGUGUCCCGGUACCCCUCUGCUUAGAGGGAGGCACAGAGAUCCAGGCCUGCAGCAUGAGACCCUCCACACUACGACAGGUUAA